CUUCUGUCAUUGUCAUUUAUGUUGUUAUUAAAAAUGUUUUACGCUUGGCUUGAAAAAUUUAGCGUCUAAGAAAAAUGUAAUGAAUGUAAUUAAUAUAAACAAUAAUUCUUGUGAAACUUGUAGUUUCAACAAUGAGUGAAAAACUAAAAGAACUGCGAGAGAGAUCUCAAAAAAGGAAAAAGUUACUGGCACAAACGCUGGGUGUAUCAAGUGUUAGUGAAUUGAGGCAGGCUCUGGGUGCUACAAUAGAUGUCCCUCCGAAAAAGCAAGCGGUAUCGGAAACCGGUACCGACGGAAAUGAGAAACCUGUCACUAAAGAGCAACCAGAUGGUUUAGUUUAUACUGACUCCUCUACGUUCUUAAAGGGAACACAAUCAUCAAACCCACACAAUGAUUACUGCCAGCACUUUGUUGACACGGGACAGAGGCCUCAGAACUUUAUAAGAGAUGUAGGCCUAGCAGACAGAUUUGAGGAGUACCCCAAGCUGAGAGAACUCAUCAAAUUGAAGGAUGACCUCAUUGCACAGACUGCUACCCCACCCAUGUAUCUAAAGUGUGAUCUAAAAACAUUCGACUUAAAGCAAAUGGGCAACAAGUUUGACGUGAUACUGGUGGAGCCGCCACUGGGCGCCGGCUGGCGGUGGCAGGACGUGCUCGCCCUCGACCUGCAGCAGAUAGCGCAGGCCAGGUCCUUCAUAUUCCUGUGGUGCGGCAGCUCAGAAGGUCUGGACAUGGGUCGUGAAUGCCUCAAGAAAUGGGGAUUCCGCCGUUGCGAGGACAUCUGCUGGAUCAAAACCAACAUAAAGAAUCCUGGACACUCCAAGAACUUGGAGCACAAUGCAGUCUUCCAAAGAACUAAGGAACACUGCCUCAUGGGAAUUAAGGGGACGGUCCGAAGAUCCGUCGAUGGAGACUUCAUCCAUGCGAAUGUUGAUAUUGAUCUAAUCAUUUCAGAAGACCCUGAAUUUGGUAGUACCGAAAAACCGAUUGAAAUAUUCCACAUUAUGGAACAUUUUUGUUUAGGGCGAAGAAGAAUCCAUUUAUUUGGACGAGACUCCACAAUCAGACCAGGUUGGGUUACCAUUGGACAUGAGCUGACAAACUCAAAUUUUAACGCUGAACUCUAUGCUUCGAAUUUCACCGAAGGAAGGGAAAGUACAGGUUGUACAGAACGAAUCGAGGCACUGAGGCCUAAAAGUCCUCCUAACACUAACAAAGGGGCUAGACCUAGAGGUAGAGGCGGAUUUAGAGGCAGAGGUAGAGGCAGGGGAGCUAUAUAGUGGUAUACGUACAAAAUUAUUUUACAAUCAAUAAAAAUUGCUAUAUAAAUUACUUCCAAUGUCGCAUGAAGACAAUACGUAGACAAUUUAAAAAAUAUGUAAUACUUUUUCUACUCAUUAUCAAGUUCCAUAUUUAAAAAAGCACCUCAAUUGAAAUAGUGAUCUGAAACAGGCAUAUGCCAAAUGUCCUGAAAUUCACAGUAUAGGAAUGUUAAAUAAAACAAUAUACAUUAAUCCCCCCUAUAACACGAUAGAUUCGUUCCGCGUUGUAGGCGUAUUCUCGUAUAACGCGCUUGUACGAUCUCGUAUAACGCGCUUGUACGACCUCGUAUAACGCGUUAUGUACAAAUGAUUCACGUUUAUCUUUUCUCGCUAAAAGAGAUUCAAAUCAAAUAUUAAGGAAAAACUAUUUUAUGAAGAACAGUUUAAAUAAUAAAAACUUAUACAUAUGUAACUACAAACAGUUAAUUUCAAAUAAAUCAACAGUUUUAUUACUCGUUUAUUCGCUGUCUGAACUAUCUGAGUUAACGUUCCACCGACAUCUUUGUUUAAUAGAAUGUUCAAUCCCUGUGUUUAUGGGGGAAUACCCGUGUUAUACGAGGGGUUGAAAUCGCGUAAUAUGAAAACGUGUUAUAGGGGGUUAAGUAACAGUAUAUAUAUAUAUAUAUAUAUAU